CAGCUUCAUCGCCUCACUCAAAGUCAUUGCAGAUCAACGAGAAGAAAGUUUGCGGCUGAAGUGAGCAAAAGCUCUGGGAAUGAAGUAAGAGUGGCGCAAAAAACUCCACCAGAAUGAAAACUUUGUGUUCGUUUUUGUUUGCGGUGACAACACUGUCGUGCUGGAAUUACAGCCAUGGUCGUCAGCAGAGAGGGUUGUUUCCGGCAGUGUUAAAUCUUGCCACCAUGGCUGAAAUCAGUACCAAUGCCACUUGCGGUCAGAAUGGACCUGAGAUGUAUUGCAAACUUGUUGAACAUGUUCCUGGACGACCGUUUAGAAACCCACAGUGCAGAAUCUGUUCCAUGAAUAGUAAAAAUCCAAGGGAACGCCAUCCAAUAACAAAUGCAAUUGAUGGCACAAACCGCUGGUGGCAAAGUCCCAGUACACAAAAUGGAAUGAAAUACCAUUAUGUUACUGUCACCCUGGAUCUUAAACAGACGUUCCAGAUUGCAUACAUUAUAAUAAAAGCUGCUAAUUCUCCACGACCUGGGAAUUGGAUUUUGGAACGCUCAACUGAUGGGAUCACAUUCAAACCAUGGCAAUACUACGCGACAACUGAUACAGAGUGUCUGACCCGCUACAACAUUAUGCCUCGGCGAGGCAACCCAACUUAUGUAAAGGAUGAUGAAAUUAUUUGUACCUCAUUCUACUCAAAAAUCCAACCCCUUGAAAACGGUGAGAUCCACGCGUCUCUCAUUAAUGGAAGGCCCAGUGCUGAUGAUCCAUCCCCAACCCUUUUGGAAUUUACCACUGCUCGCUAUAUUCGUCUGACGUUUCAGAGAAUUAGAACGCUUAAUGCUGAUCUUAUGACUUUGGCAUAUAAUGAUGCAACAGAUAUUGACCCUAUUGUAACUAGAAGGUAUUACUACUCUCUGAAAGAUAUUUCUGUUGGUGGGAUGUGUAUUUGCUAUGGACAUGCACGUGCUUGCCCUCUUGAUUUGGCAACAAAUAAAUUUAUUUGUGAAUGUGAACACAACACCUGUGGAGAAAAUUGUAAUCAUUGCUGCCCUGGAUUCCAUCAGAAAGCAUGGGAACCUGGAAGCUUUUACAGUAGCAAGUCGUGUGAACAAUGUAAUUGUCAUGGAAAAGCUCACGAUUGCUAUUAUGACCAGAAUGUAGCGAACAGGAGACAUAGUUUGGACAUAAAGGGCGAAUACAACGGUGGUGGUGUAUGCGUUAAUUGCACCAGCGAUACUAGUGGAAUAAAUUGUGAAUCCUGCAUUGAUGAAUUCUUCCGACAUGAAUGGGUUUCUCCUCAUGAACCAAAUCCAUGUAUUCCUUGCUCAUGCAGCUUAAUUGGAUCUGUGAAUAAUAAUUGCAUUAAGGACGUCAAACAGAUUGAAAGAGAUCUGCUUCCAGGGCACUGUCAUUGCAAGCCUGGUUAUGGAGGAGAUAAGUGUGACAGAUGUGCAUAUGGUUUUACUGGCUAUCCUAACUGCGUUCCAUGUGACUGUAGUGUUGAAGGAAGCUUGAAUACUGAUCCUUGUCUUGGGAAAUGCAUUUGUAAGGCAAACACCGAAGGAAAGAACUGUGGCCGGUGCAAAAGCGGAUUCUUCAAUUUGAAGUUAGAGACCUAUGAAGGCUGUGACCAAUGCUUCUGCUCAGGGGUAUCCAGUGUAUGCAAAGGCUCUACCUGGGCCUACGAUAAUAUGAAUUCCAUGUCUAAUUGGUACCUCAGUGAUUUACACGGAAUUUCAGAAUUUCAUCCCAGGCAGGACAUCCAGGGUGGUCAAGUGGAGUUGAGCUUAUACAGCCGUGGGGACAGCAACAUUUUACCAUCAGUGUUCUAUUGGAGUGCACCAAAUGAAUACCUGGGCCCAAAGCUGGCAGCAUAUGGAGGGAAAUUGAUUUUCACCAUCUCUGAGUACGCCACUGAACACCUGCCACGAAAGCUGAAGUCUCAGGUCUUCUUAGAGGGUAAUGGUAUCUACAUAACCAGUGAUAUUGAAGGAAUUCAAAUGGAUCCAUUGACUGCACAUACUGAAGUGAUAAGUCUACGACCUGAAAAUUUUGUCAUUCAUACAACUAGGUCACGUGUGAACAGAAAGGACUUCAUGACUGUUUUGGCAAAUGUUACCCGUCUUUUAAUUAGUGCCACCUAUAACAGCGAGCGUACUGCCAUCUAUAGGUUGAGCUCUGUUGUGCUCCAGAUAGCUAAUCCAAAUUCAUUAGGCCAAUACACAGCUUCAAGUGUUGAGAUUUGUCAGUGUCCCCCAGAGUACCGUGGCACAUCUUGUGAAUCCUGUGCAUCUGGAUACAGAAAAAUAAAUGGCACCCUAUAUGGAGGAAUCUGUGUACCAUGUAUUUGCUAUGGUCAUUCUAACUACUGUGAUGACAUUACUGGAGAAUGUUUGAACUGCCAACAUGACACAACUGGCCUGUUUUGUGAUAAAUGUCGUCCUGGGUUUUAUGGAUAUGCUACUCGAGGAACACCUAAUGACUGUCAACCCUGCAGUUGUCCAUUACUCAUUUCUUCAAAUAACUUUAGCCCGACUUGUUACCUGGAUACCAGGGGAGAGGUAAUAUGUGAUCAAUGUCCUCCUGGUUAUACGAGGACACGAUGUGACAGAUGCUCUGAAGGGUACUUUGGACGCCCCACUAAACCAGGUGGCUCUUGUCAGCCUUGCCAGUGCAACAAUAAUCUUGAUCUAUCAAUACCUGGCAGCUGCAAUUCAUUAACAGGCGAAUGCCUACGAUGCAUUCAGGGAAUUACUGGUCGGUUUUGUGAUGAAUGUGCUGAUGGAUUUUUCGGAGAUGCUGUUAUAGCCAGGAAUUGCCAAGCCUGUGAAUGCCAUGCCAACGGAUCAGUUGCUAACUUGUGCGACAAGCAGACUGGGCAAUGCAAGUGCAAAAACAAUGUUGCAGGAAGACAGUGUGAUCAUUGCUUGCCUAACUGUUGGUGGGAUCACAAAAACAAGAUCUGCAUGUCAUGUCAGUGCAGUCCCAUUGGUUCCAUGUCACUUCGAUGUGACAAAGAAGGUAACUGCAUCUGCAAACCUGGCUUCUUUGGGAAGCAGUGUGAUCUCAGUGGGCAGGCCCAUGAAGGGAAGUACCAGGAGGAUGUCCAGAUGGCAAGACCUGCAGUGGGCCAUCGACGAAGGUGGUGGACAACUGGCAUUGGUGGAUGUCCACGUGGUGCAUACAAACCCGCUUCACCCUCUGUCACUGGGAGUGAAGCUUAUUAUCUACAUUCUUCAAGAGGCUGUGUUCCUUGUAAUUGCAAUUCUUUUGGCUCAAAAUCAUUUGACUGUAAUGAUAAAGGACAAUGCAAGUGUCAGCCUGGAGUGACAGGUCUGAAAUGUGACAGAUGUGCUGCUGGCUUUUAUAACUUUCAAGAAGGCGGAUGUACCCAAUGUCAAUGUGCCCAUGUCGGCAAUCACUGUGAUUCAGAAACUGGCCAGUGUGUCUGUCCUCCAAACACAGUGGGUGAAAAAUGUGACAAAUGUGCUGUGAAUUUCUGGGGUCACAGCUUUGUCAGUGGAUGCAAACCCUGCAAUUGUACUGCUGGGGGAUCUUUAAACCUUCAAUGCGAUGAUGUUACAGGCUGCUGCUUCUGCAGACCAGAGUUCAUAGGAGAAAAGUGUAACCAAUGCAGGGCAGGUCACUGGAAUUAUCCACGAUGUAUACAUUGUAACUGUAACCUGGCCGGGACCGAAAGUCGAACCUGUGAUGAGAUAGGAAUUUGCUCAUGUUCAGAGCAUAGUGGACAGUGUAGCUGUAAGAUGAAUGUGGAAGGGAAUAGUUGUGACAGAUGCAAGCCUGGUUCCUUUGCACUCUAUUCAAGCAAUCCUUAUGGAUGCAGUACUUGCUACUGCUCAGGUGUAACUUCGCAAUGUACUGAGGCAAAAGGACUGAUGCGUAAGAGACUGACUCUUAAACCAGACCAGAUUGUCCUGGAAAUAGUAAAUAAAUUAAAUGACCGAACAACAACAGAUGGUGUCUUUCAUCAGCAUCCAGAGAUAGUAGCUAAUGUUGCUACAGUGAUCCAGCAUCUUCUCUAUGAGCCUUUUUAUUGGAAACUUCCAGAGCAGUUUGAAGGGGAAAAGCUCUCUGCCUAUGGCGGCAAGUUGAGGUACGCCAUUUAUUUUGAAGCCAGAGAAGAAGUGGGCCAAUCAAGCUACGAGCCACAAAUUAUCCUGAGAGGUGGUCCUACCAAAGAGAUUAUAAUUAUGCGGCAUUUAUCUGCACCUCAAAUUGGUCAAUUGACCAGACACGAGGUGGAGCUCACUGAGCAUGAAUGGAAAUAUGCCCGUUCACCAGAUGGCAGACCUGUGUCUCGCAAAGACUUCAUGGACGUGCUAUUUGAUAUUGAUUCUAUCCUCAUCAAGGCCUCUUAUGGGACUUUUAUGAGACAAACCAGAAUCUCUGAGAUCUCUAUGGAAGGAGCUGAAGCCAGUGGCAGCUACAGCAUGACUGAAAGUGCCCAACAGAUUGAACAAUGCAUGUGUCCUGAAGGUUAUUCUGGUCUCUCAUGCCAGGAGUGUGUUCAGGGUUAUUACAGGUUACCACUAAGAUCAGCAAUCACAGGUCCAAGACCUGUAGUGUGGAGCUGUGUACAUUGUCAGUGCAAUAGCCACAGUGACAUCUGUGAUCAGAAGACUUCCAUUUGCCAGAAUUGCCGUGACAACACAGCUGGUGAGCAUUGUGAGGUGUGUGCUCCUGGAUACUAUGGCAUUGUAAGAGGGUCUCCAAAUGACUGCCAGCCAUGUGCCUGUCCUCUUCAAAUUUCUAGUAACAACUUCAGUCCCACCUGUACUAUGGAAGGGCAUAACACUUAUCGCUGUAACGCAUGUCAAGAAGGAUAUGAGGGGCAGCACUGUGACAGGUGUGCACCUGGUUACUAUGGUAAUCCACGAAUUGAAGGAAGAGGUUGCAUACAAUGUGAGUGUGAUCCUAUUGGUUCGUUACCUGCACCAUGUGACAAAGUCACGGGUCAGUGUAAUUGCCGACCUGGAAUGAGGGGCUGGACCUGCGAUAAAUGCAUGGAGUGGCAUGCACGUGAAGGCAUGGAGUGCAUCUCUUGUGACGAUAAAUGCACCGGACUUCUUUUGAGUGACCUUGAACAUUUUGACCAAAUGAUCACAAGGCUGAAUCUUUCUGGACCCUUUCCCCCUCCUUAUAAGGUGCUUUUUGGACACGAAAAUGCAUCUCAAGAAUUGAGGUACCUAAUGUCACCUCAGAGAGCUCCAGAAAGACUUCUACAGCUGGCAGAUAGUAACCUGGAUACUUUGAUCACAGAGAUGGAUGAAUUACUGAACAGGACAUCAAAAGUUUCUGCAGAUGGUGAGCAAACAGAUAAAGACACCGAAAAGACACUCAAACGAGCAAUGGAGUUGGAAAAAUCCAUCAAAUAUGUUAUGCUGGCCUCUCAAGAUUUAAAAGACAAAUCUAAAAAGUUAAAUGAAACCAUUAGAAUCAAAGAUGGCGUUUCGGGGAAAAACAUACAACACAUACAGAAGGAUGUAGAAAAUAUGAUGGCAAAGAUGCGAGAGCGAUCAUUUGAUAAGCAUGAAGAAGUGGCUGAUGAUGAACUUGAUGCUGCCAUUACACUUUUAGAGAAAGUGAAAAAGAUGUUUGGUGAUCCCCAUAAAACUACUCAAGAUCUUAAGGAUGAUGUUAUGGGCAAAAUUGCUGAUUACAAAGAAAAAUUUGAUGAAGCUCAGGAAUUGUUGAAAGAAGCACGAGAAAAAAUUGAAGAAACUGACCACUUGUAUGCUGUUAAUCAAAGAAAUAUGACUGCACUGGAGAAAAGGAAGCAGGCAGUUGAAGAUGGAAAAAAGGACACUGAAGACAUACUGAAGGAUGGACAUGACCUUGUAGCUGAAGCCAAUACACAUUUGGAAGCUCUCACAUUGGGAUUGGAUGAACUAAAAAAGCAAGAACAUCUGGAGCCAUUAACUACAGAGCUAAAAGACAAACUGGAUGAAUUGGCAGCAGGUAUUCAUGAUGAGAAGCUUCCAGAACUGGUCCUCCAGGCAGAAUAUCAUGCUGCAGAAUUAAAUGACUCAUCUGGAAUCCUGGAUGGCAUCCUUGCAGAAGCCAAGAACUUGUCCUUGAAUGCAACUGCUGCCUUCAGAGCUUACACUAAUAUCAAAGAAAAAAUUGAUGAAGCUGAAAAAAUUGCAAAAGAAGCCAAAAAUACAGCUAAUCAAGCUGUGAGACAGGCAUCUGGUCCAGAUGGAUCUUUAAAGGAUACUGCCAAGAACUCACUACAGAUGAGCUUUAAACAGUUGAAUGAAGCCAAACGAUUGGGGGCAGAUGUAAAGGAAAAGGAAUACGACUUGAAUAAUUUACAAAAUAGGUUGAAGAAUGGUACAACAAAAAAUAAUAACUUGCUGAAAGCCUUGAACAAUACUCUUGCAAAACUCCAAGCCAUUCCCAACGAUGCAAGCAUCAAGAUACUAGCGGCUAAAGAUAAAGCAAAACAGGCAAAUGAUACUGCCAAUGCAGUGCUGGCAGAAAUAAAAGACUUGAACCAGAAUUUACUUGGAUUGCAGGACAACUGCAGCAAAUUGAAAGAAGAUGUUGCCAAAGCAAAUGCUGCCAUUAACACUCCUGCUAAAAUAAUUGCUGACGCUGAUAUGAAAGUUAAAGAGUUGGAAGAGAAAACAGAUAGUUUACUGGAUAAACUGAAACCUAUCAGAAAUCUACAGGACACUCUAGGAAAGAAUAUCUCUCACAUCAAAGAGCUAAUAAAUCAAGCUCGAAAACAUGCCAACUCUAUUAAAGUUUCGGUAUCAUCCGGUGGGGACUGUAUCCGCACUUAUAGGCCAGACAUAAAAAAGGGUACCUACAAUUCAAUUGUUCUGAAUGUGAAGACUUCGGAGCUCGAGAAUCUGCUAUUUUACCUUGGAAGUGCCAAAUAUACUGAUUUCUUAGCGAUUGAGAUGCGUAAAGGUAAAGUCAACUUCCUAUGGGAUGUGGGAUCUGGUAUCGGACGUGUUGAAUAUCCUGAUUUGAUCAUUAAUGACCAGUACUGGUAUAGAAUUGAAGCCUCAAGGUUUAGAAGAAAUGGUACCAUUUCUGUACGUGCUCUGGAUGGCCCAAGAGCAAGCAUCAUGCCAACUAAAUACAGCGCAGUGUCGCCUGAAGGCUAUACAAUACUUGACGUGGAUUCAAAUGCUUAUCUCUUUGUCGGUGGUUUGACUGGUGAUGUCAAGAAAUCAGAUGUAGUCAAAACAACGACAUUCACUGGUUGUAUGGGAGAAACUUCGUUGGAUCGUAAACCUAUUGGAUUGUGGAAUUACAGGAAUAGGCAGGGAGAAUGCAAAGGCUGUGUUGUGAGCCCACAAUCCACUGAUACUGAAGAAACAGUGCAGUUUGAUGGUGAAGGUUACGCAGGUGUUAGUCGACCAACUCGCUGGAAUCCGAAUGUGUCAGCAAUUGCUUUCAAAUUUAGGACCUUUUCUUCUGAUGCACUUCUUAUGUAUCUUGCCACAGAUGACUUGAAAGAUUUCAUGAGCAUUGAAUUAGCUGAUGGGAGAAUAAAGGUCAGCUACGAUCUAGGCUCAGGUACAGUUAAUGUCACCAGUAAAGCCCGUCACAAUGAUGGAAGAUGGAAGUCAUUCACAUUAUCAAGAAUUCUGAAACAAGCAAACAUUUCCAUACAUGAUGCAGUAAGCAACACAGAAGAAAGUCUGCACAUAAGUUCUCCAGGAACCAACCACGGUCUCAAUCUGAAAAAUAACGGGAAGAUAUAUUUUGGUGGCUUGCCUAUAUUACAUAAUUUAAGCAUGAAGGCCAGGCCAGAAGUCAGUUUGAAGAAAUAUGGUGGCUGUAUCAGAGAUAUAGAAAUUUCACAGUCACCAUACAAUUUAUUGAGUGGCACAGAUUACCUGGGCUUGACCAAAGGUUGCACAUUGGAGAAUGUAUACACUGUUAGCUUCCAUAAACCUGGAUUCGUCGAGCUUCAACCACACUCAUUGAAUAUAGGCACAGAAAUAUCUUUUUCUUUCAGUACUAAAAAUGAGACUGGAAUGAUACUUUUUGGAAGUGGAAGGAAUUCAGCUCAGCUUGGGAGAAAACGACGACAAACAGGACAGGUCUACUAUGCAGUUUUCCUAAACAGAGGGCGCUUGGAGGUGCAUCUUGCCACUGGGACUCGAGAACCUCGGCGUGUUACAGUCAAAACAGAAUCUGAACUGUUCAGUGAUGGAAAGGAACAUAGUGUUCGACUGCAUAGAUUGAAGGGAUCCCUCACUGUACAGGUGAAUGAAGAAAGAGCUCAAAAACUACGACUAUCCAACGAUCAACCUCUCAGCAUUAAAAGACUAUUUGUUGGAGGAGCUCCUACCUCAUUCCUACCUAGCUCAUUAAGAAAUAUCAUCCAUUUUGAAGGUUGCAUAUGGAACUUAGUAGUUAAUUCAGUACCUCUGGAUUUCGCUCAACCGGUAUCUUUUGAGCAUGCAGACAUUGGCAGGUGCCCAAUUCUAAAACCUUCAAAACUACAUCCUAAAGAAGAUGAGACCGAAACGGUAACCAAAAUCCCAGCUGAAAUCUCUCCAAAACCUAUCCUAGAAAUGAGGAUUCCUACACCUGAUCCUACAUCAUGUGCUGCUGACCUUCCUCCUGUCAUGCUGGUAAAAGCCAAGUACUUUGGCCUAUCCAAAAACAGUCAUGUUGCCAUGGAAUUUGAUGAUACCAAAGUCAAAUCUAGCCUCAUAAUUGAGUUUGAAAUACGAACAGUAGCAGAAUCUGGUCUUGUAUUUUAUAUGGCCAGAAUUAACCAUGCAGAUUUUGCAACCAUUCAAGUAAAAGAAGGAAAGGCUCAUUUCAGCUAUGACCUUGGAAGUGGAAACAUGACCACAGUUCUUCAAAAGAAGAUAAAUGAUGGGGAAUGGCAUAAGAUCAGUAUUGAACGGAAUAAUAAGAGAGUAACAGUUACAUCUGGCAUUACUGUAGCAACUGCAGUCAGCCCUAAAAGUGCAGUAAUAUUGGAUGUUGUGGGACUGAUUUAUAUCGGAGGAUUGCCUAAGAACUACAUAACAAGAAGAAUUGGCCGUGUGGUUUACAGUAUAAAUGCUUGCAUUCGUAACUUUAGAUUGAAUGACAAAACCUUUGACCUAGAUAAUCCAGCAUCCAGCCUAGAUGUUGGCACCUGUUUUCUCAACAGUCAGCAAGGAACUUAUUUUGAUGGAACAGGAUUUGCCAAGACAGUUCAGCGUUAUAGAGUUGGAACAGAUUUACAAAUUGAGUUUGAUUUCCGCACAACUCAAAGAGAUGCCGUCCUGUUGGGAAUCAGCAGUCAGAGAGUAGACGGACUUGGUAUUGAAUUAGUCAAUGGAAAGAUAUUUGUUCACAAUGAUAAUGGAGCUGGAAUAUUUACAGCCGUCUAUGAGCCUUUGCAGUUCAAUGAGUUGUGUCGUGGACAGUGGCACAAGGUGGUAGUCAACAAAAUUAAACAUGUUUUGGAACUGACAGUGGAUGGAAAUAAAGUAGAAAGCAGAAGUGCAAGUGUAACCUCCACUGCAACUGACACCAAUGAUCCAGUCUUUAUUGGAGGACAUCCAGGUGACAUGACACAGUUAGCACUGACCAUUAAUACUCCUUUCAAAGGCUGCAUUCGUAACCUGAAACUAAUGAAGCCAACUCAGACAAUUGAAGUGGACUUCAGCAAAUCGGAGGAGCUCAAGGGUGUCCAACCGCUCACAUGCCCUGCAUAAUGGAAUUACCCAGGCUAUUUUAAACAAAGAUUAAAUGUUACAGUUCAGAAUAAGCCUGUACAAAGCAAAAAUAAUUUUGGAGACUCAAAUUAAAGAAUAUCUUCAUGUUACUUCACUGUUAUUCUUUAUUUUCUCUUUGCUAAACAUUACCGGAUAGAACAGUCCAGAAAACAGCAAUUUCACCUGCCUGUUGUAUGAUACCCCUGAUACUUAAUUGCAUUGCUGCCAGUGAAAUUAAACACCAGGCACAGCAUUUAAUAAUUCUGAGUUUUCAUUUCAGUAAAAUUAAAAAUAAGUACAUUUUAUCCUGUAGAUGCCCUUUGCCUAUUCAUUAUUUUCAUUAUGUAGUCUCCUAUUUAUUUUGCUGCUUGUUUGUGUGCAAGAAUGUAACCUGCAGUGUGGAAUAUGAUAUAACUAUUUCAGUAAACAUUGUUAAAGCAGAA